UUCUUGAAUAAGACUUGAGAAAUUGAUACUGUGUUAUUUUUUUUUUUUUUUAUGUUGAUUACGAUAGUGAUUGAAAUAUAGAAUCUACGGUGGUGAAUUGUAUUAAUAAAGUAACGGGUACGAAGGACAGUGUUACUUUUGGGGUGACUUACCGUCAACGUUAAGUUUUCUAAUUCAACGAUGGGAUUAGUGAAAUACUUCCGAAGGCAUUCCACGAUAUUUGCGAUCGAUUUAGCCAGUUCAUUCGGACUUGUUUACUCGUGGAACAGGGGGCACAAGUACCUGGCGUCGGCCAUUUCUCUGUGUUGCAUCGGCGGGACUUACUUGUACUCACGAAUUACGUCUCGGGAUAAAAUAAGACCGAAACAUGCGAUCAUCGUGACUGGUUGCGAUUCGGGGCUUGGUUACAGUUUGGCCCUGCAUUGUUGCCAGCUAGGGGCUACCGUUAUCGCCGGCGUGUUGCGAAACGAUGGCCCGGGGGCUGAAAAGCUGAAACAGAGGAAGAACGUAUACGUUUAUCCUCUUGACGUCACAAAUACUGGCAGCGUAAUCGAUUUCGUUGACUCUGUGCGAACACUUCUGACGCGGGAGAAUUUAGAGUUACGAUGCUUGAUCAAUAACGCAGCGGUGAUGGUCUUCGGGGAAUUCGAAUGGCAAACGGAGGAUCAGAUCAGGAGUCAAGUGGAGGUGAACUUCCUUGGCACGAUGAGGAUCACCCGUGAACUGAUGCCGACGAUAAGAGCGCACUCUAGUAGGAUUAUAAUGAUCUCGAGCCACUGUAACAUCCAACCGAUCCCAGGCGUCGCGGCGUACGGUGGGACAAAAGCUGCGAUCAACGCUUGGGCGACCGCCAUCAGGAUCGAGCUGAAGAAGUACGGCGUCAAGGUCGUUUCCUUUAUUCCUGGUUCUUUCGUCACUGGGAGCAAUAUAUUGGCACGGCAGGCGGAACACUUCGAGACGAUGAGGAGGUCGAUGACAGAGGAGGCAAGAAUCUUUUACGGUGAUUACUUCGCCGAGUACUCGCGGUAUUUCGGGUCCGUAGGCCAGGCUGUCGAUCCGGAAAUGCUGCCUGACCCGGGGAUCUACGAAGUCUUCGAGGGGGCGCUACUCGACAAAUAUCCAUCGGCACUUUACAAGAACGAAUCGUGGCGGUAUCUCGUAUAUCAUCGGCUGUUCACGAUCGCCCCGACGUGUGUGCGUGAUCUAUUAGUACGGAUGUUCGUGCGUGGACCAUCGUGGACAGGGAAAUUCGACAGGAGAAUUUCGCAGGAGAUUAAUGCAGGAACCAAUGGAGGGGAGACGAGGACGGAGCACACGAAUUCGGAAACGAAAUCAAAUUAAUGAUCUUGAUCGAUGCAGCUUCGUCGAUCGUAAACUUUAUAAGUUACAGUGGGCGAUCAAAUUAUUAUAAACACAUCGAAAUACCACUCGCUUCUAUUUUGAUCAAAUGCAAAAUUGUAAAUGCAGUUAUA